GCUCGCUGGACCGUCACGCCCCAUCUUUAGCUGAACCAGUGCUCCUGAUCGGGUUUCCAGCCCAUGAACAGCCCCAUGGCCGCGUCCUCUCACCGCAUAACGCUUGGCCCGUUGGUUGCUGCCAUCGACCAGGGAACAAGCUCUACUCGGUUUCUGGUUUUUAAUUCCAAAACUGCGGAGCUCCUCAGUCACCAUCAGGUGGAAAUAAAACAGAGUUUCCCAAAGGAAGGAUGGGUGGAGGAAGACCCCAAAGAAAUACUCCAGUCCGUCUACGAGUGCAUGGAGCGCACAUGUGAAAAACUGACCCAGCUCAACAUUGACGUCUCCAACAUUAAAGCUAUCGGAGUGACCAACCAGAGGGAGACCACGCUGGUAUGGGAUAAGGAGACCGGAGAGCCUCUCUAUAACGCCAUUGUGUGGCUGGACCUGAGAACUCAGUCAACGGUUGAGCGUCUCAUUAAUAAAACUCCUGGAAGAAAUAAGAAUCAUUUACGACAUAAAACAGGUCUACCAAUCAGCACUUAUUUUAGCGCCGUGAAGCUUCGCUGGCUGAUGGACAACGUGGAGCAGGUCCACCAGGCCGUGGUGUCCCAUCGCGCCAUGUUCGGCACCGUUGAUUCCUGGCUCAUUUGGUGUCUGACAGGGGGGAAGUCAGGAGGCGUCCACUGCACCGAUGUGACUAAUGCCAGCAGAACCAUGCUGUUUAAUAUUCACACAAUGGACUGGGACCCAGAGCUCUGCAAAUAUUUUGGUAUUCCCAUGGAGAUCUUGCCCAGAGUGAGGAGCUCCUCAGAAAUAUAUGGUCUAAUGAAAAUAAGUUCUUGCUGGAAAUCUGGGGCCUUGUCAGGUAUUCCCAUCUCAGGGUGCCUCGGGGAUCAGUCGGCAGCUCUCGUUGGUCAGAUGUGUUUUCAAGACGGACAAGCAAAGAACACGUAUGGGACUGGCUGCUUUCUGUUGCGAAACACUGGAUCAAAGCCUGUUAUGUCCGAUCACGGCCUGCUGACAACUGUCGCUUACAAACUGGGACGAGACAAACCAGCAUGUUACGCCCUGGAGGGAUCUGUGGCCAUUGCUGGAGCUGUGGUUCGCUGGCUUCAGGACAAUCUUGGACUGAUCGGCUCAUCAGAUGAGCUUGAGAAGUUGGCUGCAUCCGUUGGCACGUCCUACGGUUGUUACUUUGUUCCUGCAUUUUCUGGCCUCUACGCUCCAUACUGGGAGCCCAGUGCUAGGGGGAUUAUUUGUGGAUUAACUCAGUUUACUAAUAAGAGCCACUUGGCGUUUGCUGCACUAGAAGCCGUCUGUUUCCAAACCCGAGAGAUACUGGACGCCAUGAAUCAGGACAGCGGCAUCCCUCUGACUCAGCUGCAGGUUGAUGGAGGAAUGACAUCCAACAAGCUGCUGAUGCAGCUGCAGGCAGACAUCCUCUGCAUCCCUGUCGUGAAGCCCUCCAUGCCUGAGACCACGGCUCUCGGAGCAGCGAUGGCGGCAGGAGCGGCCGAGGGGGUGAGCGUGUGGAGCCUGAACCCAGAGGACCUCAGCGAAGUCACAUCGGAGAAGUUUGACCCUCAGAUCAACCCUGAAGAGAGCGAGUUUCGGUACGCGAGGUGGAAAAUAGCGGUGGAGAAAUCGAAAAACUGGGAGACGACGACACCUGCAAUUAAUGGAAACGGUGAACCUAGCAUCUUCAGCAGCGCCCCUCUGGGGUUUUACAUCAUCGGCAGCAUGUUGAUGCUAAUUGGAGCGAAAUAUAUCACAGGUCAUGACUAGUUUUCCGAUACCAUCUGGGAGCUAAAGAGGAGAAGAA